UGACCCAGGGCUUGGCUGAAGCGGGCAGGGACCGCGAAAACAUCCGCAGCGAGCUGUUCCGGGAGCUGGAGGCCAUCAGGUUCCACAACGGCUCCUGCAAGCAGUGCCCCGCCUCGUGGCUGCCCUUCGAGGGCUCCUGCUACUUUUUCUCAGUGACGCAGACCACUUGGGGGGAGGCGCAGCGCCAAUGCGCGGGCUCCGGCGCUCACCUGGUGAUCGUUGGGGGCCUGGAUGAACAGGGCUUUCUGACUCGGAAUACACGUGGCCGCGGUUACUGGCUGGGCCUGAAGGCCGUGCGCCGCCUGCACAAAAUUCAGGGAUACCAGUGGGUGGACGGAGUCCCACUCAGCUUCAGCCACUGGAACCGGGGAGAGCCCAAUGAUGCUAUGGGGCGCGAGGACUGUGUCAUGAUGCUGAGCUCAGGGCUGUGGAACGAUGCACCCUGCGACAGCGAAAGGGAUGGCUGGAUCUGUGAGAAGAGGCUCAGCUGCUGACCCCGCCCAGUGCCCCGCAGCCACGCCACUGCCUCACGUGGUAUCACAGUGUCACAUGGUAGGCCUCGCUCCAUCUUGGCUUCUGGCGCCCACUGCCAAAGACUUUUUUUCUAUCCACCACUACUGAGAACCACCCAGCACAACUCACCUUGUCCAGUGCCUGUGCUCAGGGACCUCCGCUCCAAGCUCAUCACAACCCCCCACACAGUGACCUACCCUAACCUCUAUCUGCUCCAAAAUUUCCUCCCCUAAGUUCAGGUAGUUUGACUCCACCUCUCUCUACAACCACAGUCAAGAGACUGAGGGAUGGAGCUGUUGGGUUUUCCUGCAUUUUCCCCCAUGCUGGGAGCUGCCUUUCCAGUCUGAGGGAGCAUCAAUAAACAUUUGAG